AUGUCGGGGACUGACGACAACUUCGUUGGGACUGUCAACAAUCCACAUCCGCGCUUGCGACAAAACGAUGAGUACUGGGAGUUCAUAUUUCCUCCGAGCCCUGCCGCUGGUCGCGGAAUGCCUGAUGCAGUCCUGAAGGUUGAGAAAGCCAAAGUUCCCAAAGUGACGCUAAACACCAAAGUCAAGGCCAUGAUCCUCCAUCACCUUGCGAAUGCGAACAAGUGGCAUCGUCAGACUGGACCAGAUCGAGCCACCAUAGCAGAGGUCAACCGUCGCUUCUGGAGAUACAUGCCACCCGUCCGUCCUGAAGACUACAGUGACAUGGAUAACUGCUUCCGCAGUAAAGUCAUGGAGAAAGUGUUCGACGCUAUCAACAACGAGAUCACAGCAGUCUCGAAGGCAAUGCGAGAAGCAGGGCUCUGGACAAUGAGCGGCGAACUCUCGACCUACCCAAACUCACUACGUACGGCUAUGGGCUUUCAAGACCCUGCCUUCGCGCCACUCUACACAGCUCCGAUGCUGCUGCACCAGGUCAAUCAGUCUGACUUUGAUGGAACUGUUCGUUUGGAUGCGAAGAUCUGUGGUGUUGCAAAUGGCGAGCUUGCACGAGUUUGCCGGGCUAGUCUCCGCGAGAACCCACCUGCGACCAAGGAGAAACUGUUGGAGUGUAUGGAGGCGAUUCAGGUGGUCUUCAUGGAUGCACUCGAGGGAAAGACGAAGGCCUUCGCGAUGUCGGAUCUCCCGUAG